UAAAAAUGGGUUGCAAAAAUGGAUUGGGUUGUAUGUGAUGCACCUGCUGGUUUAUUUCGAAUUUUUUUAUUUUUUACUUUGGAAUGUAUAUAGCUUUGGCUUUGUUUCCUUAGCUUACGGAAAGAACGAGUUAGUAAAUUUCGUAAUACGAAACGGUAUAUCGCGUGGGAAAGCUUUUGUGUUAAAUAAACUAGUUUGUUGUAGGUGUUAACCACUUCCUUCCGUUUGGCGGUGUCAAAUUGCGCUCCACUUGUAUUUGUGCGGCGAGCGAGACGAGGCUGUAGGAAAUCGUAAACAUUUCGACUGAGGGCAGAGAAAGCUGCUUGUUGACGAUGAGACCGCGGGUCUUUGCGAUUUGGUAGGGGUAGGUGAGUGAUAUGCCGUUUGAAAUGGCCAAAUCCGGAGUUACUCAACUCAUACAGACUGCCGCGCGUUAGUUUUCGUUUUAAUAGUUAUUUAGUUAAAGUUAAUCUGAUAUAACCACGCAGAUGUUGGAACAUGUUUGUUUCUGGGCGUUGUUUCGUUUUUGGCCGCCAGCGUCAACGCGAUGUAGUUUGUAUUGAUUUCAAUAGAUUACUCACGGGGAACAAGGUGUUGCCCCUUGAAAGAAGAAAAACUCAGUCUGAUUAAUUAUGUUCAAAGAUCCAUGUUCUUGUAGCUGGCUUCAAUUUGUAUUCAAAUUGAAAGAAGGGAACGAAGUGGCGGCGAUAGCACCGAUGGCCAAGAUGAGGUACUCAGAAAUGCCGCGUGACGUCUCGAGCGAGAGCCUGUCAGCGCUUCGCAUCUCGGAGGACUCCAGGCAGGACAAGUCUCCCGGCAGCGAAGUGGAUGCGAGUGCCGUUCUGUUCAGCGGCAACGGCUGCCCACUGCUCAGCCACGGCGUGGAGAAGUCCGUGCCGUCCUCGGGAAACCUGCAGAGGAAGCUGUCCGUACAGCCUUUCGGACAGAACCGUGACAGCCAGGGGGCCGGGCUGCAGAGCAAGUCGCACAGCCUGCCGAGCGGGGUGUCUCCCCGGGGCCCCGCCCCUGUGGGCCUGGACCCUCUGCGCGUGUCCCCGGAGGACUACGCCAGCCAGCUGACGCUGCUGGAUCUGCUUGUGUUUCGUGCGAUCCUGCCUGAUGAGCUGGCCAGCUGUGGCUGGAACAAGCGCAACAAGCUGGCCGUGGCGCCCAACGUGGUCGCCUUCACGCGUCGCUUCAACCACGUGAGCUUCUGGGUCGUGCAGGAGGUGCUGAAAGGUGCGUCUCUGAAGCAGCGCGCAGAGAUCCUGGCACACUUUGUGCGCGUCGCCAAGAAACUGUACGACCUCAACAACCUGCACUCUUUGUUCGCCGUUGUGUCGGCACUGCAGUCUGCCUCCGUGUACAGGCUCAGCAAGACGUGGGGAAGCCUGCCUCGCAAGGAGAAGCAGACCUUCGAUAAGCUCGCAGAGCUGUUCUCGGACGCAGACAACCGGAGCAAGCUGCGUGAACAUAUGGACAGCCUGCGCCUGCCCUGCAUUCCAUACCUGGGCCUGUUCCUGACGGACCUCACCUACAUAGACGUGGCACAUCCGCACUCAGGCGGCCUGGAGUCGGAGCAGCGCCGCCUUAAGAUGAACAACGUGCUGCGCGUGAUUGCACACUACCAGCAGUCUGACUACAGCCACCUGGCGCCACUGCCGGCCGUGCAGGCGUACUUGCGCUCCGUACGCUACAUCGACGAGCUGCAGAAGUUCGUAGAGGACGACCAGUACAAGCUGUCUCUGCUGCUGGAGCCUCCAUCGCCCGCCCACAGCUCGUCCAGCUCCAAGGAGUCGGUGAGCGACGCAGCCAUUUCCUCUCUGGGGCUGUCUCCCGCCAAGGGCCCCGCUGCCUCUGCCAAGUUCCUGCCCUCGCACCGCAAGUGCCGCAGCCUCGGCACCAAAUUCCGCAGCACCAGCCUGCCGCGCAACUUCCACAAGGCAGGGCAGCACUACCAGGUGGGCUGUGCCUUGGCAUGGGUGCCCGCGCCCGCGGGCAUCUUCAGCAAGCCUACGGUGGCACCCCUACCGUGUGAUGACGGCAAGCCACUGCAUCUGCUGGAUGACUCGGUGCUGGAGGAGCCUGCGCUCACGCCCGCGCCUGCGCCCGCGCCCACUAUGUGCCUGGAGGCAGCUCCUUCCACGCCUGCGGACGACGAGGACCGCAUCCUGCUGGCCCCCCAUGGGUCGUUGGAAUGGGACGAUGCUUCGGGCGCCGGCUUCCAAAUGCAGGGCUGUCUGCGGCGCAAGACGGUGCUGAAGGAUGGGCGAAAGCCAGCCGUAAGCGCUUGGCAGCGCUACUGGGUGCAGCUUUGGGCCUCCCAUCUCGUCUACUUCUGCCCCAAGUCUUUCAAGGGGAACGAGCGCGAUGACUUCAAGCGGGAGCCCCACAAGAUGGUGUCCGUGCUGGGCUGGUGCGUGCAGGCGGCUGAUAGCAGCCUUCAGCCGGACCUUUUCCAUCUCGCCGAUGCCCGCGGGGGCUGCAUGUACAAGUUCCGGGCAGGCAGCAAGGGGUCGGCGCAGCGGUGGUGCCGGCGGCUCGAACAAGCCACGCGUGGCUCUGAAGACAAGCCCCGUCCCCAGAACCUGAUGACCUUCGACUGAUACCUCUCGAACCAACCCAGCACCACGUAUCAUCGCUUUAUCAAAACAGGGUUAUGUUUAGGAAUUUUUUUAAAAAUUUUUCAUUUGUAAAGGUACACCACCAGUAGGGGUAGAAAAAGAUUCACAGAGGUUUUGUGAGUGAUUUCAGCAGCUGACUGAAGCUAUACAUAUCGACACUUGUCUGUUGAUAGGUGGGUACAUGUGGCCAUCAGGAUUGUGUGGCAUGUUACUACGGUGUAUGUUUUAAUUGCUUUUAUAUCAAAUCAGUUAAUUUUGACAUGAACUGGAUAAUGGGCCAAAAAAAUUAAUUAAAAAUGUUUAUUUAAUUGUUUACCUGAGUGAAAGGAAAAUAUUUAAUUUUACUGGCUCCUGAAAAUUAAAUUAGCUUGGCUUGUGUGGUCAAGUAGAGGUCUGCUUUCUUCACCAUACAAUAACCUGGAUUGUACUUGUCUUUUGAUUGCAUAGCAUGUUCAGUAGCAUGAGAUCUACGAUGGUUGGCUGGAGUUGUGGGCCGUUGAUGGCUGUGUGAUGAAUUGUAUUUCAAGUGAUUUCUGUUGAAUCAAUAUUUUUAAUUUAUAGUUUUGUCUUGUCAUAGUGUAGCUUUUAUACUUUGCAUAGUUUAGUAUUACCAGUGUGUGGCUGUACCUGCUACUGCUCUGUGACCUGAUAGGGUAGCUCGUGUGUUGCAUGGAAGGCCAGAAUGGCAGUGGGGCCAUGCCACUUCUCAUUCAACUACCGCACUAUGGUAAGUUCAUGCUGAAUGGAAGCUGAGGGGUUAUUUCACAAUCAUUGCUAUUUCACGUACUUUAUUAGAGUUUGGCCAUAUCAUCCUUUAGUAUUAUCGUUGCUUUAGUGAAAAGAUCAUUGGGAACCAUACAUUUUACUGCAAAAUUAAUGUGAUAUUGGGAAAAUGUUCAGUACUGUAUUGCUAUUCUUGCAACAAAGAAUACACUUUAGUUACACUUGUUAAUUUUGCCUUUUUUUUUCUUACAAUAUUAUGUGGUUUCAUUCAGUGUCAAUAUUUCCAUUAUUUUAUACUUUGCGGCAUUUUGCAAAAUCUUUUAUUCUCUGUCCUAUUAAAUGUGCAUUUCUGGAUUCUCACUACACGUAUGCCUGUAUGAGUGUUUGGUUUUAUUUUGAUAUUAAUGUCGUAAGCACAUAUGCAUUCGUCAUUAUCUCAUAGGCAGAGAUUUGGGCAUUAAAAGGAAUUGAUCUAUUUUACGUUAGCAGCGGUGGAAACUGCCGACAUGUCUUAACACGUGAGAGAAAUAUUGUUUGCUUGUAAUAAUAGUUAAUUUGCAGUGCUUCCCUGGUGAUGUUACAACUGUGUGUGAUUUUUUGGAGGCUGUCUCUUAUUUGUCUCACAUUCUGCACAUUCUGGUAACUGGAGCAUCGCAGCAGUCUGAAGCUGCUUGCAAUAUUAAUGGCUGUGGAAGGAAGUGAAUCUCAUGUCUGGUGUGUUGCUCUGCAUUGCGGCUGCAUUGCCAGAUGUAGUCUGUAGUAUGUACUGUCCUGCUCGUCCCUCGAAAGGUCCCCGCUCUGGCUGCCGUAUCUUCUCCGCGGUGGGUUGACAUACGGUAGUCGUCGGUUUGUUAGUAAAAGUUUCAUAUUGUGCCUUUUUUAAAUUUCUCGUUGUGUUUUCUGGCCUUUGUAUAUGUGUCGUGCUUGUUCCGUUAUUGGGUGAUCUGCAUUUCUGCCAAAGAAAAUUUUUUGUGAUACUAUAGGCUGCCACGUUAGUACUUGUUCCACUGGGAAAAACCAGGUUUACAUGCGCUAUGUACUGUUCAUUGGGGCUUUCUUACUGAUUGGCAGUGCUAUAAUAUUAUAUCACAGAAAUAUACUUCUAAAACCAUAUUGUUCUUUGCAAAGGGUUCUAAGCUAUAAUAAUGUCUAGUGAUGAUGUAGUUUUAAGAUUAUUUUAUCUUUAAUCUUUUAUAUCAUACUCAUUGUUUCCUGUGAUAAAAAUGUUCUGAAAAUUGAUAGUAUUUUUGUUAGUAAAAUUAAUUUUUUUUAAAAUUUGUUUUGUAGAAAAAUAAUUGCGUAAAAUUGUAGAAAAGUUGUGAACUGUAAUUAUUUAAACGUAAGCUCUGCAUUGUCAGUUUUGUCAGUUGGAUGCUAGUGAACUGACUAAACCUCUGGACAGAACCACUUACAUAAACCUAGUCACAUUUACUGUUUGAAAAAUGUCUGGCCUCGUAAAUUAGACAAAAAAAACAGUUACAAUAGUGUAAUUAAUAUACAUGUAUGUGAGGCAGAAAGCAAAAAGAGACUUCUGUCGACUUUUUCAGGUUUUUAGUUAAUUAUAUUUUUGAAUUAAGCUCUAAUUUCUGAAAAAAAUUGAUGCAAAAAUCAGGUGUGUGUGAUUUUUUUUUAAUAUUACGGCCAUUUAAAUUUUUUUAAAAUGAAAAUGGCUGUUAUGAAAAAAAAAAAAAACACUUAAACCCAUUCAAACACAGAAUAUUUAAUUUAUUUUUCACAUUUAAGAAAUAAUUAUGGUAUGAAACAAAAGCAGAAAAUAUCCUCUUUUAAACAAAAUAAAAAUAUCUCUCAUAUACUAAAGUCUUCAAAAUUUAAACUGAGCGUUUGCGAUGCUGCUUUGAAUGUUCAGGAACGGGUUGAGGGUUAUUUGGGUCAGUACCACCAGUCCGGUCAUGUUUUUGAACAGGUACUCUUCAUGGCAUUCCAUCUGGAAUUUCCACUGCUGGAAAUCCGUCAGGUCCAUUUUCGGUUUUGAAGAUCUAGUGUAUUUAAAUACUAGUUUCCAGCAAUCUCAUUUGUGCAUGAACUUUGCCUUUGUAAUCACUAUCAAACUCGAAGUGGUUAUGAGUGAUAAGGGGCACUUUCUUGGCACCAUUGGUGUGAAGAAAUUGUAUCCGGUCAUAAAUUUUAAUGGCAACUUAACCUUUCUCAUUUGCAACCAUUGCAGCAGAAUCCACUUGUGUUGUAGGUGUUGACUGAUCAAUGCAAUCGAUGGAGAUACAUUGUGGUAAUCCCAAAUUUUUUCUUCAAAAGUCUGAAGGCCCAAUUGCAGGCAAAUUUAUUAGUCUUAUCGGCAUGAACGACAAAACUAUUUUUUUUUUGUUGACAUACCCUCCGUGCCAAGUACCCCAGUAAGAUGUUAUUUUUAUUUUGUCCUACGUAGUUGUCGGCAUGGAUAAACAUAGUUUGUUCGCCCAAAGUGUUAUUAUCCAGGUGGUGAUGGACAGACUGAUGAUAAGAUAGGAACCUUUUGUUGUACUGGCACACUUGGGAAUGGGGUACAUAGUUAACUUGUUUGUACAUUGUCUUGCACAUCAUUAUGUCAAAAAUACCAACUUUAAAUGCCACUAAGAAAUUGAUAGGGUCAGACUGCAAAGGGUUGCUAGGUAUGUGCAUUUGUUGUGCCAUAUCAAAACUGUAAUGUACAGAAGAUUUGUCAUUUUCUAAGUUAUCUAGUUUUUUUAUAGUAUCAUUUUAGUACUUUCUUUCUGUAGAAACAAUCUGCAGUGGGGAUUUUGUUUCCUCAAUCGUUUGCAUCUUUUGCUCUUCCGAAAUUAAAGCCAUGGCUUCUCCAGUAGUAAAAUGUUUCUGGCAUAAAGCACAUAGAUCGGUUCUGGGUUUCAUUUCUACUAUAGCAAGACAAAUACUUUGUCAGAUGUUACUAAAAACCUUAAAGUGUACAGUUUUUUUAAUCAUGUCAUGUCAUCUCUAAAGGAAACCUUGUAAGUUUCACAUAUUUUAACGUAGUCACUGGAAGGCAGUAGUCUUAGACAUGUUUGGUACACUUACUGCUUCUGCCUGGCAAGAUUAUGGCAUGCUUUUCUGCAUAAUGGUUAAGAAAUUUAACAACAAACUCAGUAUUUGAAAAAGAUGUCACAUCCUUUUUCAUUUUUCCUGUGUUACAAUGCUCUUUAACAACCAAUCCUGUAGUGUUAUACAUUUUAAUAUUGAUUUGUUGAUAAACACAAAUGUGUUUUUGUUUUUGCAAACUGACCUUCCUUUCAACAUGUAAUUGGUUCGCGAGAUUUUGUGCGAAAAUUCUUUAGCAGAAAAUAAUUUGAAACAAUUUUCUUUACUCUGGAAAAUUUGUCACCAAAUUAUGGUCAUUUUUAACAUUGAGUGUGUUGACAAGACAUUACAAUUGUCAACUGUAAUCAAAUCAUGCCCACAAUCAUUUUCAUCAACUUCUUGGUUAUCCCCUCUUGUCUCAAUUCGAAUAAUAUCUUCUACAUCAAUAAGAUUUUCAGUUACAGGAAGUUCAUCCAAUUUUGGAAUGUUUGUUAAGAAUGAAGAGUCUGAAUUGCUUACCAAAUCUUCUCAUCCAGAUAGCUCUUCUUUUUUCACUGCUUUAAUCACUGCUUAAUAAACAUAUUUCAGUAAAGUAAUCAGCAUACACAUUAUAGUCUUCAUCACUUAUAUUUUCACCAUCUAAUCCUAUAUUAUUUAAAAUACUUAAAAAUUUUUAUUCAAUCAUUUUGGAAGUGAAACUUCUUUACUGAUGCAACAAUUUUUGAGUGUUAUGAAAAUUCUGAUUGCAUUAGGGGAAUAGUUAGGUGUGUGGUAGAGGUGGGUUGUUACAGCAAUUUUCGGUAUCUGUUCCAACCUGAUACUGAUACAGUAAUGUACCUAGUUACAAGUAUCUGAUACUUUUGUAUCAGAGCAGUAGCGGUACCUGGAAUCGACAAGGUAUCAGCAUUCUCGUUUCAGGGUACACAUCCUCCGUGCCGUCAUCACCAGCGUAAAAAGGUAUCGGUGUCUCUGAUACAUUAUUUAUCACGCCCGGUAAUUCUCUACCUCUGUUACUCUCAUGCCCGCCUGAUACAGCCAGUAUCAAUCAGUUCAACAUUCACUGCAGUUUGUCCUGGCCGUGUAUUAAUUACCACCAUGUACAUUGUUGCGGGCUGUCAUGCUUUGUAGUUAGUAUCUUUAUAGUGAAAUAAGGAAUGGAUAAGUGCAGGAAAAAGACUUCAUUUGUGUGGAAUUUUUUUACGGAAAAUAAUGAGUUUGCUAAUUGUAAUUUGUGUAAACAAAAACUGAGUUAUAAAUCAUCAUCGACUAAUCUGAAGAAACAUUUGAAACGUAAACAUUGAUAUAGUAUGCUCACUAAUGUACGUAUCUGUUUUUUUUAUUUUUAAUUUUUGAUAAAAUCGUGAUCUUUUAAUGUAUGAAAACACUAGUUACUAAUUGUUUUCGGAAAAAAGUCCUAAUGUUGAUUACAUCUGUUAUUAGUGUCAACUGAGAAUUUAUUUGCAUUUUCAUAGCUGUUAGGUGCACAAAUAUAAAUAUUAUAUCUUGUAUUAAUGUACUUUUUAAUAUUAAAAUUUCAUUAGUUUUAUUAUUGAACGAGACUGUGCACGCACUGCGCACUGAGCAUUUUUUGAUGUGGGACAAUAACCAAACGACUCGUAACAAUUUCGCUUUGCGCCUCUCCUUCAACGCCUUCCCCUGCGCUUCCUCCCCUACAUUAUUUCCCUUCUUUAUCCCUUAUUUGUCGUUCCUGCUCCCUCCCCUUUCACAAGCUCCGCCCAAGUGACCGUCAUCUGCGAUCGGGUUCUGCGCACAUUGGCAGUGGUGUUGUUCCAGGCGAAUUCUGAACUGAUACUAAAGUACUUUAUACUUUUCAAGUGUACUCGUUUGCCGUACCUGAUACAGGCGCGUAUCAUUGCCAAAGUAUCAUGUUGAUACUUUUCGACCCACCUCUAAUGUGUGGUGGGGAAACUGGUAGAGCAGUAGAGUGUGUCAGCUGCGACACCACUCCAUUGCAUGCGCUAGCAGUCGAAUAGGAAGACGUCAAAAAAAAUGGGGGUGGGGGGGUGGAUAGGUGCGUAGGUGCGUAGUGGAGCAUGCUAUAUGCUAGUUGUAAUGGCUGGAAGGGAAAGAGAGAAUUAAUGCAGCAGUGAUGCUAUGGAAUUCUCAUAACACUGCUUGUGUUUGUUUACUCUUCGUAAUGGCUGCCAAUUGACGCAGCUAUUUUCUUAUAUGAAGAAUCUAAAUUUUUUUUAUUUGUUUGAAAAAGAGUUAUUGAUUUGUGCAAUUGAGUUUAUAAUUAUCAUUAAUUUUUAUGUGGAUGGUUUGAUCAAAAAUGAAAAUAAUUAAUCCACUAUUUAUACCUAAAAAGCAAGAAGUUUCACUUCUCUCGUGCAUGGACUCCACGUGAACAAUUUUUUAAAUUUCAGGUCACACAACACUCACCAUGAAAAUAUUGUAAAACAAAAUAACAAUACCAGGCGUGUAGCUCAGCUUAUUGGUUGACAGCUGUUUGCACGAUUGCCAUCCUAUAUUUGUGAACAAUAUAAAUAUUCAUAGAAAAAAACUACUCACAAAUUAUGACAGUUAAUAAUGAUUAUUAAUAGCUGAUAAUAAUAUUAGCAACUUUAUAUGUGGCUAAUACAUCUAUGAAGGAAAAGGUACCUGAAGUUGGAGCAGAAAUUUUUAUAACCAGAAAAUGUUCUGUUUAGAGAAGCUCUUUGUAAUUCUCUCAAUUGCUGAUAUAAUUCAGGAGAAGCUUGUUUUUAAAGUGAUACAUAGUGGACUAGUGCAUUUAUGAAAAGAGACCUCUUGUCAGUUUUUUCAUGAGUGACAAGAUAUAUAUUUUCCAAGGCCGAACAUUGACUGCUUUAUCAAUUAUUUUAAGUGUUUCAUACAAUUUUAUCAGUUUUGUAAUCAAAACAAAAUGUAAAGGACAAACUGAACUAUAUAAUCACAAAAAUCUGAAAAUCAAUAAAUUUGACCCAAACCACUAAUUUUGACUGUACUGAAAAAUUUGACAUCGUCGACAAGAGGUUCCUUUUUGCUUUCCACCUCACAUAUGUGUGUCAAGUGUGUGUUUGUAAACACUGACGUUUUCUCCAGAACUAUCCUCUGCCCCCUCACUUGUGGUUAUGGUGAUAUAUAGCCCUUAGUCUCCAUUGAUAGGGACAGAAAUUUAUGGUUUUAUUUUUAGGCCAAUUUUGUUUUUAAAACAGUAGAUUUCAGUGUUACUGUUUUUAUUUUUAUACAUUAUAUUUAUUCAUGAAAAUGUUGUAUUAUUUAACAAAUAUGAAACCAAAAUAUUUCUUAAUACUUAUUUCACCAAAAUAUGUAGUAAUUUUUUGAAUGACACAUGAACAUGAUGCACUAAAAAAAUUUAUAAAAACCAUGUCUCGAAAAGAACUACUCAGAAAAAUAAAAAUAAAUCUCCAUAUUUUCGAAUGUUUGAAAAAUGUGCCAAUGUGAUUAAUGUAAAUUAUACAACUAAUAAGAAAUAGUCAAGCUCAAACAUGAUAUUCAUUUUUUUCCACUACAUUUUGUUAAUAAAUUUUGGUACAAAAGUAAUGCUAAAGUAUUAAAUUCAAUGAAUUUACAAUACAGGAAAAAUUUUUGUGUAAUUAGUUACGUUUGGUCAAAUUGCUGAUUGAUUUCACGUUUUUAGUUGGGCCAUUCCAUUGUCACGUACGGGACAUUUGUAAAAAUUUUCAUACCGAUAAUUCUAUAAAAAAUUAUAUUAUAAGGGGUAUAUUCAUGUGUUUUCUUGGUUUCUACAGAAGUUACACAUUUAGUGUAAAUUUUCAGCUUAAGACAUGAUAAGAAAUACCUUUGUUAACAACAUAUUGCUGUCAAAUGUAACCGUCACGUAUGGGACACAUAUAGUCAACCAUUAGUUUCAAGAGGACACGUUUUACUGAAACUUUAGCCCGAAUUCUAGCAUGAUAUUCUUGUAUUAUUUUUUGUGAGAACUUAUAAGAAUAAGAAAAACAGACAUCAAUAAAUGCAUGAAAAAACUCCAAUAAUGAAUCAGAAACAAUUUUUUUUUCUGUUUGUCACGUACGGGACAAUGCUGUCACGUAUGGGACAUUUACAUUAGUAAGAUUGUGCUGAAUAAAUUUUUCAGUAGAAUAUUAAAUUAAGUUGUACUUUCUAGGCUUCUGGGUUGUAGCCGCGUCAAAAUCAAAGUGUUCAUCGACGUUUCAGUCGACGUUACAGUCGCCAUCAUCAGGGAGCAGAUUAAUUGAAUUAAUCUCUCCCUGAUGAUUGUGACUGUGACGUCGACCGAAACGUCGGUGAAAACUUUGAUUUUGACGCGGCUACAACCCAGAAGCCUAGAAAGUACGGACAACGGCCGCGAAAGCCUGCGCUGUUUAUUGAAAUAAGUUGUGUUGAAAAAAAAUUAAAUUUACACAACCUGACUCAUAGAUAUAUGUUAAGCGAAAUUGAUUAAAUGUAACUAAAUAAAAUGAUAGAGUAGUUCUACCUGCCUAUAUCCUAACUAAAAAAAAAAUUAAUAACAAAACUGUUACUCUGUAUGGUCAUAAAGAUCACUUUAAAUGUCAAUAAAUUUAAACAGUCCUCUGUUGUUCACCACUACUGGAGGAGAAAUCUCUCUU